AAGUCCUUUUUUGUACUAGUUUCCUUUCUUUCCUUUUCUGUGAAAUAUUUUCCCUUCCCGCCUCGGGAAACUAAAAAACCCAUCAAAAUCGGAGAGAGAGAGAGGAAGAAGAAAUGUGUGGUAGAACUCGUUGCAGUCUUAGAGCCGACGACGUCCCAAGGGCCUGCCACCGCACCACCGCCCCUUCUCGUCUUCUCCAUAUCGACCGGUAUAGACCGUCGAAUAAUGUGUCGCCGGGAUUCAAUAUUCCUGUUGUUCGUAGAGAAGAUAAUGCAUCUGCUGAGAGUGAUGGCCAUGUUGUUCAUUGUAUGAAAUGGGGUUUAAUCCCUAGUUUCACUAAAAAAACAGACAAACCUGAUCACUACAAGAUGUUUAAUGCUCGAUCUGAAUCCAUAGAUGAAAAGGCUUCAUUUCGUCGCCUGCUUCCUAAAAACCGGUGUCUUGUUGCAGUAGAAGGAUUUUAUGAGUGGAAAAAAGACGGUUCAAAGAAACAGCCUUACUAUAUUCACUUCAAAGAUGGAAGACCUCUUGUCUUUGCUGCUCUUUAUGACUCGUGGCAAAAUUCUGAAGGUGAAAUUCUCUACACAUUUACUAUUGUUACAACCUCGUCCUCUUCAGCAUUUAAGUGGCUUCAUGACAGGAUGCCGGUUAUUUUGGGAGACAAGGAUACAACUGAUACCUGGUUAAGCAGUGCUUCCAGUUUUAAGAGUGUGAUGAAGCCAUACGAAGAAUCUGAUUUGGUGUGGUACCCUGUAACACCUGCUAUGGGCAAGCCGUCAUUCGACGGACCUGAGUGUAUAAAGGAGAUUCAAAUAAAGACAGAAGGGUACAUUCCAAUCUCUAAGUUCUUUUCAAAAAAGGAAGCUGAAGUUGAAGACACAAAGCCAGAGCAUAAAAUACUAAGUCACGAACCUGUCAAGACUGAACAAACGAAAGACGUCAGUGAAGAAGCUAAGACAGAGGAGGGCGACACCGACUUAAAAUCCAGUGGCAUUUCCCCUUCUCAAAAUGUUAAUAGGUUCGCCAUCAAGCGCGAAUAUGAUGCUAUUUCAUCUGAUUCCAAGCCAUCUUUAGCAAAUAAUGAUCAGGUGAGUGCAAACCCGGCAAAGAAAAAGGAAAAGGCCAAGACUGCUGAUGAUAAACAACCAACCUUAUUUUCCUACUUUGGAAAAAGGUAAUCGCUGACUAGAUUUUGGUCUGCAUGAACUUAGAGUUGCUAAUUUAAAACGUUCUGUAUUUCAGUAUUUUGUGUAAAUUAUGUAGAACCAUUUUGUUGUAGCUCUUGCAUGACCCAUAUAGACCAGAUUCAUAUCCUGCAGUUACAUUGUCUAGUCUUGUAGCUAGGAAGGUCUCCCUCUGUAUCCAAUGUUCAUGAACAACUUAAUAUGUCAAUGUUUUUUGUUAGUGGUAUUGUAUGGUUUUUCUUGUUUCAAA